UAAUGUUUCUUUUUUUCACAGGUCCGUCAACCUGUUGUAUGCACCAACAACCAUGUGUUUUGUUCCAUCUGUAUCGACUUGUGGUUGAAGAAUAACAGCCAGUGUCCAGCUUGCAGAGUUCCUAUCACUGCAGAAAAUCCUUGCAAAGAGAUUAUUGGAGGAACAGGUGAAAGUGAACCUAUGCUAAGCCCUACAGUCAGGAAGCACCUUCGGAGGACGAGACUGGAGCUGCUCCACAAAGAGUAUGAGGAUGAAAUAGAUUGUUUGCAGAAAGAAGUAGAAGAACUUAAAAGUAAGAAUCUCAGCUUGGAAUCACAGAUCAAGACUAUUCUGGACCCUUUAGCCUUGAUGCAGGGCAGCCAGAACGAAGACAAGCACCCAGUGGCAGAUAAUCCAAGUAAAGUUGACCCAGAGUCGGUAGCAGAGUGGAAGAAAAAACUCAGAACGGCUAAUGAAAUCUAUGAAAAAGUAAAAGAUGAUGUGGAUAAGUUAAAAGAGGCAAAUAAAAAAUUGAAGUUGGAAAAUGGUGGCCUUCUGAGGGAGAAUUUACGCCUGAAGGCUGAAGUUGACAACAGAUCUCCCCAGAAGUUUGGAAGGUUUACAGUUGCUGCUCUUCAGUCCAAAGUAGAACAGUACGAACGUGAAACCAAUCGCCUCAAGAAAGCUCUAGAACGAAGCGAUAAGUAUAUAGAGGAACUGGAGUCUCAAGUAGCACAGCUGAAACGUUCAGACGAGGCAAAGGAAGACAUGGGUGCCCUUUGCCAGGGGGCACCCUCUGAGGAUGGCAAGGGACCCAAAGGCAGUGAUGAGGUCGUGGCACCAAAGAAUCAGGGUGGCAGCGCCAGGAAGCAGGCUGGCUCAGCCACCUCUCCUUCAGCUACUCACCUCACAGCGCCCAGUGGCAGACUCACUGCCAGCAGUUCUGUCAGGCAGGACAGCACCAGCAAGACUGAACCAAACUGCCCCAAGAACAAAGACAGAUGCCCCAAGCCCACAGAGAUGCUGCUGGGCAUGCAGGAGACGCCAAUGGAGGCUUAUUUGGAAGGAGAGUGGGGCAGUAAGCCAAGUGACUGUGCACCCUACAAAGAGGAAGAGGGGUAUGACCUCCCCGCUCCCUGCACUCCUUUGUCCCUCAGCUGCCUUCAGCUAAGCACUCCAGAAAACAGAGAGAGCUCUGGAAUCAAAGCAGGGAGUUCCAAAAAGCAUGCAAACCAUCUCAGAAAACUGGUGUUUGAUGAUUUUUGUGAUUCUCCAAAUGCCUGUAAUAACAAUUCAGAGGAUGGUGGAAGUAGAAGUGAAAAUGAAAAGAAAUCAGACCGUUUUGCUUCCCCAAAGACAGGAUUUUGGGAUUGUUGCUCCACAAGCUAUGCCCAAAGCCUGGAGUUUGACAGUUCAGAGGGGAACACUAUAGCAAAUUCUCUUGGAGAAAUACCUUCAAAACUGAGUGAGAGGUCAGGAUCGUGCUUGUCCAAGAGACUAAAUUGUAUUCGCUCUCUUGAAAUGAACCGGACAAGAACAUCCAGCGAAGCAUCCAUGGAUGCUGCUUAUCUUGACAAAAUCUCCGAGCUGGAUUCCAUGAUGUCGGAAUCGGACAACAGCAAGAGCCCUUGUAGUAACGGUUUUAAGUCAGUGGAGUUGGAGGGGUCCUCAAAGUCCCCUCGAGGCAGUGAGUUCCUUGAGGAACCUGGCAAGUUGGAAGAAGGAACUAAACUGAAUCUUUCCAAACAUGCUCUUGCUACUGAUCAGUUAGAAAAUGGAAGUGAGUGGAAACACACUUCUUUUUUUCUCCUCUCUCCAUCUGACCAGGAAAUGAGUGAAGAGUUUUCUCUCCAUACCACUUCUAAUUCAGGAGCUAGUGAAAUCAAACCCCAGGGCUGUCUGUUUCAGACAGAGUUUUCCCAGGGUGUUCUGUUAAGCGGUUCCCAUGGACUAUUUGAAGAUCAGAGGUUUGGGUCUUCUUUAUUUAAGAUGUCUUCAGAGAUGCAGAGCCUUCACAGCCACCUUCAGUCUCCGUGGUCCACCUCCUUUGUACCUGAAAAGAGGAGUAAGAAUGUGAGUCAGUCAACAAAAAGGAAGAUACAGAGCAGCCUGUCCAACGCCAGCCCGUCCAAAGCAACUAAAAGCUGACUCACCAGAGCCAUCCUUGUGGCUUUGUCCUGAAAGGGGUGUGGAUGCUUUUAAUGUUACUGUAGUCACUUCAUGAAGAUUCUGUACAGUCCUGAACUGAUAAUCUUCAGGAAAGUGUCAAGUCAAAGAGGUGUGUACCCUGAGUCCAGGGUACUUCAUCUGGAAGAAACUGUGGGCUUUUCAUUGGUGAUCUUUCUUACCAGAGAGGUUAGAGGAGGGUUGCAUCUGUCUCUGUAUUGUUUAUUAUUUUGUUGUAAAUGAAUGUUGUAUGUAUCUGAAUUGGCUGUAUGUUGUUUUCUCAUAUCUUAUUUAACUGCUAGGUAUGGUGGCCUGUUAACUGUCUUCAGAACUUGUUUCUUGGAGCUUUCGGUAUUGUCUGGACCAUUCUUUAAAGCUAUUCCUAGAGUGGAAAUGAUUUUGUAUGUCCUUUUUUAUUUAUGUUUAGUGGUGGCCUAAUUUUUAUGCAAGGCCAUGCUGGAGAAAUGGCACUCACUCUGACCUUGGAGUAUUCACUGACUUUUUCUUAGGUUUUGCAUAGUUGUUUACAGCCUGUUUCAUUGUGUUCUGUCCUCUCUCUCUCUCUCUCUCUCUCUCUCUCUCUCUCUCUCUCUCCCUGUGUGUGUGUCUGUGUGUCUGUGUGUCUGUGUGUGUGUGUCUGUGUGUGAAAAUGCUCUGCUAGUAUGAAAAAACAUUUUUUGUAUGAAAAUACUUUUUCAGGUAGUUUAUAUGUGUUCAUCUUUGAGAGAGAGAGAGAGAGAGAGAGAGAGAGAGAGAGAGAGAGUAGUUAGAAAUCAUUAUGUAUUGGAAAGCAAGCACAGAUCAGUUGGGUUGGGAGGAACUUGAACAUCCCAGCUUCAUUUUCCAGAUAUAUAGAUAGAGAAGCAGUCUGUUCAGUGUUUGAUCCAUUGUGUCACAGGAAGCCUUUUAUGGGAUAAAGUUCUUGUUUGCAUGUUACUGCUCAUUGUGGGAACUUAAGCAUGGGAGCCCUUUUGCUUGCUCCAUUCUCCAUCCGGAGGAAAAAGAAGCUCCUACUGGCUAGUGAAAUAUCAAUUAUGUAGGACCUUUUUUUGGGGGGUGGGUGAAAAGUAACAGUGGGAAUGGGAAUAUGUAAGAGCUAAGCACAACUUUUAGUUUAGCCUUUAAAAACUAUUUUAAACAUGUUUGUUAUACCCAUAUAGGCUGUAAAAAUGAAUCUGUAUGCUAAUAACUUACCUAAUGUGCACUGAACGUUUUACAUGUAUUGUCGUACCUUAACACUGCAUGGUUUUCUAUGUGAAUUGAAUAAAGAAUGCCAUACGCCCUACA